AUGCGGCUGCCUUCUGCUCUCCUCUUGCUAGUGACUACCGCGCUUGCUGCGCCAAACGCUUACGAUUCGCAUGCCGCUUUUGCUCAUCUUCCAAACUUCUAUCCAUCGCUGACACCAUCCGAACCAAUUCAUGUGCGAGCUAAACGAGCAAUAUACGCGGCUCUCGGAAUUUCGCACACCUGCGAAGCUGGAUGGACCGGACAAACAUGUGAAUACCCAAUUUGUGAUCGUGCGGACACACCGCCAACAUAUGGACAAACAUCGCUUAUUGAGAUGCUCUUUCUGAAAAAUUCGUGUGGAGGACAAUACUACAUUCCCGUUGAUAGUGACUCGGCAAGAAAUCUUGAAAUCCAUGUCUCUGCGGCUGGAGUCCCCUACUUGAAUUUGACAAACGCCGACGGUGUCAUUGUGGCGCCAGAGACCGUUUUCCACGGAGAAGGUUACUCAUUGACAACGUAUGCAAACAUUCCAGCCGGUGGAUAUUCACUCAGCGUUGAUAACCAAAAUGUGCCAACAUCAGAAUGCAUCAUUGAAGUCAAUUCCAAUACUGAUUUGAAAAUCAUCGAAGGAUUUGUCCAAUCACCACAAUCGGAUAAUACACCAUUCGGAGAAUCGGCGAUCGAUGGAAUUCCAAUGUACUUUGUGGCGCAUGUCGAUACCAAACAAGGACAGCCACAAAUUCUUUCGACCACCAUCAGACAAGGAUCAUCGCUAACACCAGUUUACCGUUCAGUUCUGACAAGAAGAUAUCAAUGUGGUUAUGAAUACUAUGCUGGACAAUGGCAAUGCGCUCUAGGAAAUAGUUACUUCUUCCAUGUUGAUGGAAUUGAUGCGAUGGGUUAUAAAUUCCGCAGAACCGGAAAGUUCUCUUGUUUGCAGCACAUCACUACACCAGCACCAUCAACUACUACAAAGGCUCCGAUUUCGUCUUGCUAUAACAAUGGAACUCUUUUGAAUCCACCAAACAGUCCGGCGACAUGUUUCUGCCCAGAGUUGUUCACCGGAGAUCAGUGCGAAAAAGUUCAAUGUAUGAAUGGCGGUUUUCCCGAUCCGGACGAAGGACUUGUGUGCGCUUGUGCUGAAGGAUAUCAUGGAGUUAAUUGUCAAGACGUAACAUGUCCGAUCAACUGGGAGCCAUUCCUUGUCGACUAUAAAACCCUUAUUGUCGUCAUUCAUAACACUGUCAACAUGAAUCCGUACUUGAAAUCGAUUUCAAAUGCGAUUUACAAGGAACUCCAAUCGAAUCAAAUGUUUGAUUACGACGUGUACAAAGGAUACGUUCUCAUUAAAUUCGCAAAUGGAGUCUAUAACAACACUUAUUAUGCUUCGUAUCAAUCGUCUAAUUUCCUUGCUGAUUUGAACACUGCAUCGACAAUAGCUUCGAAUUGCGAAGACGCAACGUUUGAUGCCAUCGCAAGUGUUUUCACUGAAGUGUCGGUUUACCAAAAAUCUCCAAUCUACUUAUUUACCGAUGUGAUUGCCAAGGAUGUUGAGAAAUGGCAGACUGUCAUUGAAAUGAAUACUAGAGAAAAGUACCCGAUCUAUACAUCAUUCUUCCCUCAAUCAAGCUGCAAUUUUGAUGAAAUGUCCGAUGGAUUUGCGGCAAUUGAGUAUGCAACGUACUACAGCGGUGGAUUGAUCCUUCAACCGAAUGGAAAUAAUCUCGAAAUUAUCUUCCAAAGCGUUGUCAAAGCAACAGCAUACAAAAUGAAUUCAGUAUUAAUUGAUGAUAUGAGCAUUUGCUUAAGCUCGGAUCGUGUCUUCUUCGUUGAUUCAUCUACUACUGAGCUGAUGAUUCUUGCGGUUGGAGAUGGUCUUAAAGUCACCGUAACUGAUCCAAAUGGAGCUACCAAUACUCUUCUUCCAAUUAUUACCACUGGUACUACAUUCUUCUAUGAGAUUCCAAAUCCAGUUGUCGGAGAACAUUUGCUAUCCAUCUUUUUUCUUUCAUCAGCUAGCAAGAAACCAUGCUCGUAUCGUGUUCAAGCUCGUUCGGAAUAUGAUCUCUUUAUUGGUACCAGCUCCGGCGUUAGCGAUGAUGCUAGCGACUCCGAGCCUGUCUUUGGCCAAACUAGUCACAUUGUCGCUCAACUCACUGGCUUGAAGAACAACAUUGUCGAUCCAUUCAGACUCUUCUCUGAAAUCGCUGUCACCAGUAAUGUCAACAACGAUCAAAUCUACCAAAAGCCAUUGUACUACUCUAGUGGAAAGUACCGAAACGGAUGUGGAUUCCACAUGUACUUUGGAGCCGUCAAUUUCUGCGAAUUCAUAUCUCAACCGUUCUACGCUACGGUUUACGCUGAUGAUGGAAAGGGAUUCACAAUUCAAAGAACUACAACUGGAUUCUGCAGUGGAACACCAACGACACCAUAUCCACCGAAUACUUGUCAGAACGGAGGAGUUUUUGAUCCAAACAAUAAUGGAACGUGCAUUUGCCCACCAAACUUUGAAGGAAAAUUCUGUGAAAAAAUUGUUUGUUUGAACGGAGGAACUCCAAGAGGAUCAAUGUGUGCAUGCCCAACUGGCCUCGGAGGAACCUUCUGCGAACUUUAUCAAUGUACUGAAUUUAACACCAGUCCUGAUAUAACAUUUGAAGGACAAUCGGUUGCAUUUGUAAUUUCGAGUAGAAGCACAAUGAAGGAAGCCGUAGGAAAGAUCAAUGAUAACAUUCAGAUUAUGACUCGUGACAUGCAAAUCGCUUCACCAACAUGGAUAUCCAGCUGGGUUCUUAUUGUUGCUUCAGGAAAUACUUCAUACUUGCUGGCUCAUUCAAAUCGGCCAGCUGAGUUUGUGUCUGCAAUGCACGACUUCUAUACAAACUUUGAUCAAUAUGUAUAUCCUUCUGAUAGUGCACAAGUGCAGUUGGAACAAGCGAUGCUCGGAGCUGUGAUGCUCUCCGAGCGAAGAUCAUCCGUUUGGGUGUUCACUGAUUCUGAUGGGCCAAAUGAUUCUUCCAUGCUACAGUUGUUCGAUAUUGCGCAAGAAUAUCAAAUUCAAAUUAACUUGAUUGGAUAUGGAAUUUCUAUAACAACCGACCCAAGCAACAACGGGCACUUCCCAGAAUAUCUUCUCAGUCUCGUUGAUACUACUAACGGAGACGUUUACAUGACAACUCAACUCGACCAGAUUCUUUUGUUCAUCGUCAGCAUGUACAAAUCUGCUGUUUCUCACAGAUACUUUGUAAAUGAUUGCUCACAAGGAACUACUUUCUACAUGCCAGUUGACGGAUGGACGCAAUCGUUGACAUUGGCUGUUACUGGAGAUGACUUGAACAGUGUUGAUAUCACAUUCCCUGACGGAACAGUUGCUAAGAACAGCUACUACGAAAUCAAUGCAAUUAACAAUCCAGACCUUAAAUUAAACCAAUAUGUCUCGAUGUGCGACGGUACAUUGUACUGGAAUCACAGAGGACAGAAUUGCUACGAGUUUGAAAGUACACAGAAAUCAUGGCUGGACAGUUGGAAUUUCUGCCAUGACGAAAAAGCGUAUUUGAUUCACAUCGAAAAUAAAGACACGAAUGACUACAUCCAUACGCAAGUGUCGACAUACCGAAUUUGGAUUGGUCUUGCUUACAACAAUGGUCAAUGGUAUUGGGAUGUUCCGGAUAGCAAUUAUCCGCAACCACUUACGGGAUACACCAACUGGGCUGAUGGAGUUGAUCCAGCUAAUCCGAAAUUCAGUCACGUUGUCAUGAAUGCUGACGGAAAAUGGGAACCAGCUGAUCCGAACGAGAACAAUUUUGUGGCUUGCCAGAAAAAUAGAUACGGUCAAGGUCUCGUUCCUGGUGAAGGAGUCAAUGUUAUCCCGCCAGGAAUGUGGAAAGUUAAUGUCAAAUCUAACACCGGCGCUUGUAAGAUUCAAGCAAGAUCGCAAUCUGAAAUCCAAGUCUUCUUCGGAUUUGUUCAAGAUCCAAGAGCUGACACUCUUAGAACAUAUGCCAACAUUGAGUCGAACACUAAUUAUCUUGUUGCUCUCGCAACUGGAGUUUCUCCAUUCACUCCAGACACUCACCCAUCAAUGGAAGGACGAUUGAAUUACGCUCUUCUCGCUACUAAUGGAACAAUUAAGCAAUCACUACCACUCGGUGAAAGAAUAUGCACUUAUUCAACAAUUUCGGCACCAUUUGCAUGUCCAGACAGCGAUGGAAGUCUAUCGGACUUUGAAAUCAAAUUCACCGGUAUUGAUCAAUAUGGAUAUGCAUUCGAAAGAUAUUCCAAUGCUCUCUGCACCAAAUAUGUCACUCAAUGUAACAAUGGCGGAUUUUUGAACAAUGGAGCUUGCCAAUGUCGUGGAGGAUGGUACGGACCAACUUGCUCAUCCCCAGUGUGUCAAAACGGCGGAAUCGAUGAAAGCGGCGUAUGCAAAUGCCCACCGCAAUUCACAGGAACAUUCUGUCAACACGCUUAUUGUGAGCCACCGUAUCCAACAACCUUUAAAGAUAAAGAAAGAACACUUGCUAUUGCUCUGGAAACAUCAUACAACAUGGGCUCAUCAAUCUUCAUGAUGCAGAAAAAUUUGAAGGCGUCAAUUGAGUCGAUCAUCAACGAUCCAACUCUUCAAGGAUGGUUCACAAACUUUGUCCUGUACCCAUUCGACUCAACGGCAAACAAAGCUUCUUGGUACCCAGUUGUCCAAUCUUCAGAUUACAAUGAUAUUGUUGCCGGAGUAAAGAAUGUUACCCUAAUGAGUUGCCCCGGAGGUCCAUGCUCUUCUCAAUGCCCAAGACCUAUUGUUGGCGUUAUUGAUUCCAUUCUUAGCAUGGAUGCUCUUGCAGCGCCAAACUCGGUUAUUCUUGUCUUCACGAGAUCCUCACCAGAAGAUUAUCUUCAUGUUGGAAGGAUUGCACAAAAACUUCAAGAUACUAAGGCAUACAUCAACUUUGUAUAUUCAGCGAUUGAUUCUCCAUGUGGAAACGGAUGGAACGUUCCAGAAGCUGAUGCGCUGUACCAGAUUAUUUCGUAUUCACAAGGAAGCAUCUUUACGAUGAACGCUGUUGAUGCUGCUACUAACUUCAUGACCAAGUUCGUCCCAACUCUAUACUCUUCUGGAGGCAUCACAUCCAGCGAUGGAGACUGCAGCUAUCAAGAAAUGCUUUUCCCUGUUGAACACGAAAUGACCGAAUUUUCAAUUGAUUUCUACCAUCCCCUUCAAACUGCCAUUGAGGUCUACGAUCCGUCAGGAGACCGAGUCACACUUCCGCAAAACAUAAUCACAUCAGACAGCAACUACAUCGCAAUUAUUCCGGUGUCUGAUUCGGGAGCCACUCGUGCGGGAACCUAUCGUGUUGUACUCAAAGGAGAUAACGUUGCAAACUGCUACGCAAACAUCCGCGGAAGAUCGAAUUUGGAAGUGUACCUUGGUUUUGUGGACUCCGAUGCUGAUAACUUUAAUGGGGCCAACACCGACAAUGCACAUCAUGCUCCAAUCAACCUUGAAAAGAACACCAUCGUUGUUCACGUUAACAAUAUCGGUGAUGGUGACGUUCAGUAUGCGCAAGUGGUUCUUCCUGGAUUUGGUCUUGUGCACACCACCGAAAUGAAACGCAGAGACAAGGAUUGCAGUUAUGAAUUCUAUUCCGCAACUCCGCACUCGUUUGAUUAUGAUAACUAUAUCAUCGUCAUUUAUGGAAUCAGCGAAUAUGGAAGUGUGUUCCGCAGAAACUUCUUCGUCAGCACCACAAGAUCAAGACCACCAGUUCCACCACCACCAGCGUUCUGUGAUUUGAGCCUUGUUCGCCAAGAUACUUUAUUCAUGAUUGACAAUUCUUUGAAAGAUGUUGAGAGCGAAGUUACAUUCAAAUUGAUGAAACAAUUCGCCAUUCAAUCUGUGCAGCCAUACAGCUACGCCAACAAUGCAUCCCAAGUUGCAUCGGUGACAGUUGCAGACAAGGCGCAAGGCGGAUUCUCAUUCAAUGCUGGAGAAAAUUCAUUCGAUCGUGUCGUUGAGCUUAUUAAUAAUCUUGAGUUCUCGGGAGUUGCUGGCCAGAAUGUUACUUCGGGUCUUCAAUAUGUUCUUAACUACUAUGAUCAACCAUCCCAAGGUUACCGUCCGGAUCCAAGUGUUAAACAUGUUUUGGUAUACGUAACGAAUACAAACCCAACGGAUCCAGAUCCGUCACUUCUUUUGAGAACUAUUAAGCGAUCUAAUCUCUAUGACGUUAUUGUUAUCGCCUUUGACCUGGAAGCCAGCGAUUCUUUGAAGGCAAUGGUCAGCGACAACUGCAUCUACAACGCCAAGGAUUAUCCAGAUCUUAUGAAUUAUGGUGUAAACUUUGUUCAGCUUCAGUCGUGCAUGCGAUUCAAUUUCUGCAACUACUAA